GGGACACAUAGCUAACCAGUACUCGUAAUGGCGGCGAAAAGUGAUUAAUAUUGUGUGAGGGAUUUUGUAAAGUUUAGCAGUAUAACUCUUUUUGUAUCAAAUUAUUAAGGUUUCAGUAGACGUAAUAGGCUCAUAUGUUAUUAUAUAAACGAAAAAAUGCAGAAUGUAGUCCAAAAUAACGCAUGUGGUGAGAUUAGAGAUGAUGAAACAAGCGAGGUUGGAAAAGUUCAUUCAGACUCUUCGUCACCAUUGAGUGGAAACUUGAGUAGUGGAAGGGGACAGUUUUCUUCGCUUCACUCGAAUUUCAUGGCAGAUUUAUCUGAUAGUGAAGAUGACGAAGUUUCAGAGGUUGAAUCCUUUAUUUUAGAUCAGGCAGAUUUAGAUGAAGAACCAUCUAAAUUUCUCUUACCUGGAGAUGGUGUAGAAAACCUAGAACUGCACAGCGUAGAUCCUGAAACAAGAGCAGAAUUAGAAGCUUUUUUUAAAGUCCCUGGUGCAUUUGCCAUUGACAAGCAGUGUUCUAAUCCAGAAGGUUUGCGAUCCGUGCGAGAUCUUACUUCUGUCACUUCUGCUCUGGAUGAGGCGGCAGCUACUUUUAACCGUAGACAGGUGGAUGCCUCAGGGGUGGUGCCAGGUGACGGAGGAAGGUCACUGGCAGAAGCCUGUAGUGAGGGAGACUUGAAAGCCGUUCAGCAAUUGCUAUGUGAAGGGUGUAAUAUCAAUGAAGUUACUGACAAAGGCGAGAGUCUGCUGUCAUUAGCUUGCUUAUCUGGGUAUUACGAGCUUGUUCAACUUCUCCUCAUGCAGACCAGUGUUGAAGACCGGGGUUUAAAGGACACCACCCCUUUAAUGGAAGCAGCAAGUGCAGGUCAUGUGGAUAUUGUAAAGUUACUCCUUGACCAUUCGGCUGAUGUGAAUGCUCAAACGAAUCAAGGAAACACUCCUCUAAUGUAUGCAUGUGCAGGUGGUCAUGAAGAGGUGGUACGUGUGCUUCUUGAGUCUGGAGCCAAUGUUGAAGAUCACAAUGAGAAUGGACACACACCUCUCAUGGAAGCAGCUAGUGCAGGACAUGUUGGUGUAGCAAAGAUCUUGGUUGAACAUGGAGCUAGCAUUAACACUCACUCUAAUGAGUUUAAAGAAAGUGCUCUUACUUUAGCCUGCUAUAAAGGUCACUUAGAAAUGGUUCGGUUUCUUUUGGAGGCUGGUGCUGAUCAAGAGCAUAAAACUGAUGAAAUGCAUACUGCUUUGAUGGAAGCCUCUAUGGAUGGCCAUGUUGAAGUAGCAAAGCUCCUAUUAGACUCUGGGGCUCAGGUGAACAUGCCUGCUGACAGCUUUGAGUCUCCAUUGACCUUAGCUGCUUGUGGUGGACAUGUAGAACUAGCUACGUUACUUUUAGAAAGAGGUGCAAACAUUGAAGAGGUGAAUGAUGAAGGUUAUACACCUUUGAUGGAAGCAGCAAGAGAAGGUCAUGAAGAAAUGGUCGCUUUACUCUUAAGCCAAGGUGCUGACAUAAAUGCUCAGACUGAGGAAACUCAAGAAACAGCUCUCACUCUGGCCUGUUGUGGAGGAUUUCUAGAAGUUGCAGAAUUUCUUAUCAAAGCUGGGGCUGACAUUGAGUUGGGAGCAAGUACUCCACUGAUGGAAGCAGCUCAAGAAGGACAUUUAGAACUUGUCCGAUACCUUAUUAAUGCAGGUGCCAAUGUCAAUGCCCAGACAGGAACAGGAGAUACUGCUCUGACUUAUGCUUGUGAAAAUGGACACACAGAUGUAGCUGAUUUGCUUUUGCAAGCUGGAGCUGAAUUGGAACAUGAAUCUGAGGGAGGAAGAACACCUUUAAUGAAAGCAGCUCGAGCAGGGCGUUUGUGUACGGUCCGAUUUCUGAUCACCAAGGGAGUAAAUGUGAACAAGCAAACAACAAAUAAUGAUCAUACUCCUCUUUCAUUGGCUUGUGCUGGUGGGAACUUGGAAGUUGUGGAACUUCUUCUUAGUAAUGGAGCUGAUCCAACUCAUAAACUCAAGGACAACUCUACAAUGUUGAUUGAGGCUGCCAAAGGAGGCCAUACAACUGUUGUUCAACUGUUAUUAGAUUAUCCUGGUGAUCUCCUAUCUUCACCACCUCCUCCCCCUGACCUAUCUCAAUUAACAACUACAGGCUUGGACCUUGCAGAGGCUCCUCGGGUUCCACCUCAUGGGCUUCAGGUUAUGUCACCUCAAGAAAUGGACCAGGCUAUAUCUGCUGGUCAGUCUUACCUUACUAGUGUCCAGUCUGUUCCUCGGAUACCUGAACCUCUGCAGAUGAAAGAUGCCUUACAGAGUAGUGCCAUGCUGGCUAAUGCCAAGCAAAAUAUGCAAAAGUCAGUGCAGAGGAAGUUGGCAAUGUCACGAGGCAUCGAGGCCCCCUCUUCCUUGCCUGGGGACACCCAGGUUUUACAGCGGACACACUCCAAGAACAAAGCAUGUGCAGCCGCUCAGACCACCUCUGUGAACAUCCAGGCAGAGGUCACUAGUCAGAAGCCCAUGCAGGAGGGUAAUGGGGCAGGUCUUGGAGGAGGGGGCACUGAUAUUGGGGAAGACAAGGAUCUUAAACCCUGUGAAAAACUUGAAGCCUGCAUCAACACUAUGAUGAAGAAAGCUGAAAGAUUGAAUCCUAGCCGAGAGGAACAAAUAAUUCAGAAACAGCAAAUCCUGGAAGAGCUACAGCGUGUUGAAAGAGAGCUUCAGGAGAAAGCCCAAGCUCAACUGUACCUAAGUGCUCAGCAGCAACAACAACACCAUCUUCAAGCCCUAGCUGCUGCUUCCCAAACAGUUUCUGCAGUUACCAGUGCUGGUACUCUUCCACCCAACUCUAGCCAUGGUCAGCAGGUACUUUUGACCAACACUACACUUCUAGACAUGGGGCCACUCCCUACCCCUGUAAUUCCUGACCUUUCUGGAAGUCUCCUUAGUUUAAAAUCUGCUGCACAUCAUCUCCCUACCCCUGCCACCCUUCAGACACUACAUUCACAACAAUUGUAUCAACAACCUGCUGUUCAAAAUAAGUCAGUUAAUCUAACAACUUCUGUUUCUGAACAUGUCAAAGGUAGAGUUACCAAACAAGCCUCUAAACAGACCAAAAAUAAUGUCCUCAAACAGCAACAGCAGUCUCCCACACAACUUCAGACACAUCACUUAGCAGGUAAGAAUCUAGUUCAUACUGAAGAAGUGGAAAAAAUGAAUCUUAGAAAUGUAGCAAUAUCUGAUCCCCAGCAUUUGUUACAGCAAGCUUCUCAGCAGCAUUUCAUGCUGUCAGAUUUUUCUCAAAAUUUGACUUUGAGAGGUAACCUUCCUGAAGGUGCUCCUGAUACACUUAUCCCAACUGCUGGUGGUAGCAUUAGGUUUACUAUGGAUGCAACCCAGACUCAUGCAGUUCCCAUUAUAGAUCCUGUAGCUGUCAGUCAAGCUUUAGCACUUCAACACCAGCAAUUACAACAGCAACAACUUCAGCAACAGCAGCAACAACUUAUGCAACAUGAAAACAAGAGGCAACAGUUGGGAGAGAAACAGAUGAAAUCACUGAAAACUAAAAACUCUAAAUCACAACAAACCCAACAAGUGGCUCAGCAUCUAAAUCAUCAACAGCUUUUCUUACAGCAGCAGCAACAAACUCAAGUCAAUACCAGGUCUGCCUUGUCCUCAACACCAGAAUCACCUCUUUCAUUAGUCAGUAACCUCUCUCUGGAUACAGCGAGCAUCCUAACUUUAGGAGGAGUGGGCUCUCCUUCAUUUCCAGUCUCUCUAGCUGUAUCAGCAGCAAACCUUCCCUCAGCAGGUAGCAUAAGCUCUGGUUGUGGGCCAGCAUUUGCACCCAGUUUUUCACUUGAAGAUGGUUUAAUGGUGGCAGCCCCUGCAAGAACUCUGCAUGAUACCUUGGGUGAUAUCAUGACAAGUCCUACGACUCAACUAGCUGGAACUCAGGUAGCAUUAGGUCACCAAGCUUCCCUACAGACUCAUUGUUUAGAUCCCACUUUGGCCACUUCUGGUGCUACUGUAGGUGUGAAUAUGGGAAUGGGACUAACAAUGGCAUCACUUCCAGCAGGAAGUACUCUGUCUACCUCUCUACACUUACCUUUUCAUGCAUUAAACCCAACAGUAACUUCUGCUGUUCCCAACAUUGGUCCAGUUGUUGCCUCUACCACCAAUAUUGUUCCCACUCAUCACCACUCACAGCUGAGUCAACCUGUUACACCAACUGCAGUAGCCAAUGCCCAAGCCCAACCUCCUCUGUUUGCACCACUUGACCUUGACUCUCAGACUGAUAGCAACCAUGACACUGCACUAACUCUAGCUUGUGCGGGUGGUCAUGAGGAACUCACUAGUCUUCUGCUUCAAAGAGGAGCCAAUAUGGAGCACAGAGAUAAAAAGGGCUUUACUCCACUCAUGUUAGCAGCCACAGCAGGACAUGCAGGAGUAGUAGAAAUCCUCAUCAAUCAUGGAAGUGAUAUAGAAGCUCAGUCAGAGCGUACCAAAGAUACUCCUCUUUCCUUAGCUUGUUCUGGAGGUCGAUUUGAGGUGGUGGAGAUUUUGCUAGCACGAGGAGCUAAUAAGGAACACAGGAAUGUGUCAGACUAUACACCUCUCAGUUUAGCUGCCUCUGGUGGAUAUGUAAACAUUAUCAAACUCCUUUUAAAUCAAGGUGCUGAGAUUAACUCAAGGACGGGAAGCAAGUUAGGAAUCUCUCCUUUGAUGUUAGCAGCAAUGAACGGACACACGGCUGCAGUCAGAUUGCUUCUAGAUAAUGGAAGUGAUAUUAAUGCUCAGAUUGAGACCAAUCGUAACACUGCACUAACUCUAGCAUGUUUUCAAGGGCGCCAUGAAGUAGUUAGUCUAUUACUGGACAGAAAAGCCAAUGUAGAGCAUCGAGCAAAGACUGGACUGACACCACUAAUGGAAGCAGCUUCUGGUGGUUAUGUAGAAGUUGGUCGUGUCCUGCUUGACAAAGGUGCCGAUGUUAAUGCACCACCUGUUCCAUCAUCUAGAGAUACUGCUUUGACCAUUGCUGCUGACAAGGGCCAUUAUCGUUUUGUUGAACUUCUCUUAUCAAGGGGAGCUUCUGUUGAUGUGAAGAACAAGAAAGGCAAUUCUCCGUUAUGGCUAGCAGCAAAUGGUGGACAUCUGGAUGUUGUCCAGCUUUUGGUCAAUGCUGGUGCUGACAUUGACAGCCAAGACAAUCGAAAGGUAUCCUGCUUAAUGGCUGCAUUUAGGAGAGGCCAUGUAAAAGUAGUAAAAUGGAUGGUAAAACAUGUUUCCCAGUACCCUUCAGACCAUGAGAUGAAAAAGUUCAUUAGCACAUUAAGCGAUAAGGAGCUACACAAAAAGUGUGCCCAAGCCAUGGAAAGUAUCAAAACAGCUAAGGACAGACAAGAAGCAGAAGCCAACAAAAAUGCUACUAUUCUAUUAGAAGAAUUAGAUAAAGAGCGUUCUAGGGAAGAAAGUCGAAAGGCAGCUGCAGCUCGUAGAAGAGAAAAGAAAAGAAAGAAGAAGAAAGAAAGACAAGAACAGUUAAGAGCUGCCAGUGCUGUUACAACAGAAGAAAAGAAACUUGAGGACCAUUUAAACAAAGGGGUGACAUUGAAGCAUCUUAAGCCUCAGAGUAGUCAGUCUGAUGGAGAAGAUGAUUUUGAGGAUGAUGAUGAUGAUGACAGUGAUGAUGAGGAUGGAGAAGUACUGAAUAGAGUUAUUGUAGUGACAGCUGCUGCAGGUGAAGCAGUCGUUAGCCGGGAAACAGUGAAAGGUAGUCCUGUCAGGCCAAAACAAGAAGUUUCUAAACCAAGAUUGCCAGUGAGUAACAACAUAGAACCUGAAGUAAAGAUAAAAAAUUCUGAUUCAAAUUCUCGAGUUAAUGAAACAGGGCAGGGAGAAAACCGAGGCUCCCAGCAGUCUAGUCUAGAAAGUGGUGGGCCUGUGAAAAAGAAGGAAAAAGAGAGACCAAGAAGGUUAGAAAAGAAAAAUAAAGAGAAGCUUACAGAUAGAGAAAGAAAUGUUAAGAAACAUCCUGAAUCAAAUUUAGCAGACUUAAACCAAGUGUGUACUUCCAUUACAUCAAGAAGUCAAAAGAAACGAAACCAGAAACACGAUGUUCCUCCUGCAGUUUCAAGUGCUCCAACAAGUACUACUACUACUGUAUCCAGUACCCACACGAAAGGAGCUGUAUCCAUGGUUGGAAGUUCUUUAACCACAUCAUCAUCAUGUGAAUCAAAACCACGUACAAACAACCACAAACAUAAGGAAUCUAGUAAAGAUAUAGUUAUAUAUGGAAUGAAUACAGCUAUGUCAGACUUAGAUGAUUUUGGAGUUUUACCUGGCAAUGCCAAAAGAAGGGGUACUCAAGAUAAAGCGUCUACUGUAAGUUCUCUAGGAGAUCUGAUUGUGGAGCUUCCUUCUGAAGUAGCUCUGACUGCAGGCCUACGUAGUCCUAAUACAAGUAGUUUGUCACAAGGUGGAAAGUCAUCCCUUAUUACGGGAACUUCCCCUAAGAAAGGGCAGAAACGAGAAGAAGGCUGGAAGGAAGUUGUUCGUAGGUCCAAGAAAGUAUCAGUACCCUCUACUGCUAUUAGUCGAGUGAUUGGUCGUGGUGGUUGCAACAUUAAUACCAUUCGAGAAGUGUCUGGUGCUCAUAUUGAGGUGGAGAAGCAGAAGGGACAGGGAGACAGAACAAUAAUUAUCAGAGGAUCUCAGGAAGCUACGAGGCAGGCUAAUCAGUUGAUUGCUGCUUUAAUCAAAGAAGCCAAUUGUGAACUUUCGGAAAUCAUUGCAAAUGCUGGCCUGUCAAGAUCUGCAAGCACGCCAGCAGUACCAUUUGGUAGUGAGGGAAUGAAGGGAAUGACAGGAAUUGUAACAACACUGUCCAGUCUCAGCAAGUUAGGAACAUCGCGGCAACUUGGAGCUUUGAAGUCAUCAAGCAGCACAUCACUUAACAUCAGCAAGGCCACAACCAUCCCUCCUCCAAGUCUGCCAGUUAGUGCUGCUGCCCCAUUUUCCAACCAGACACGACUUCCAGGAGCUCCCUCCUCUAUGGUACGCCCACCUGUAGCAGUAGGUGGCACUGUAAGAGCACCUCCCUUUCCAUCUAACUGUCAAAAUGCUUGGUCUGGAGCUAGCUCCUUGGGAAAAGGUCUUACUGUUUCAUCAAAUCGUCUCCCUUCUCCUGGUGCUCCAGCAUCCAUGCCUUCAGCUUCUCUUCAAUCUAUAGGGAAUAUCAAUACAGAUAAGAACCCCUUUGUCCGGCAGUUAUUUCCUUCAGAGAAAAAAAUGACAGUGGGUCCACAUAGCACUACAACCAGCACUAAAGGCACUGUUUCUUACACAAUAGCAGGGAAAUCUGCAAAGUCUGUUCCAGUUAGUAAUAUCACUGUAGCCAGUAGGUCCACUUCAGCUGCUGCUGACACCAAACUGGCUGUCACUGCCCUAAGUCAGCUUGGAGGUUUGACACCAAGCUCCACAGAAUUUUCUGCACCACCAUCUACAGUUCAGCCAUUUCCAGCAUCUGAAUCAUCAACCUAUGCUAGAGCACAGAAUGAAAGGGUGGUGAACCAAAUUUCACAAACCUCAGUAGUCCAGCAGCAGACAAAAGCUAUUGAUGAUCAUCCAGCCAUGCACUCUUCAUUCACCACCAGAACCUCCAGUCCAGCCUCCGUUUCAGUUCCUUCCUCAAGUGGUUCCCACCGGGCUGCCUUAGUGAAUGGAGUGAGAGCCACUGUUCAGUCACCCAUAUCUCAAGUAUACACACCUUUUCAGUGCCAUCUGAGUAAGGUGGUGGAACACAGUAUGUGGGGGCAGAAAGAGACUAAGCCCAAUUUUGCAAGUGUUGCUGCUGCAGGAGUUACUUCUGUAGCAAUGAAUACUCAGAAUUCAAACCCUGUCCAGACUUCCCUCUCCCUUUCUGUUCCUCAGACCACUGACUAUGAGGUUGAUGCAGCUAAAGCUCCUGGUUACCGUGGAAAUCUUCACGUUUCUCCUAGUGGAUCAAGCAGUUCAUCUAGUGGUGGUGGAGUUUCUCAGCCAGUGUCUCUCAAUACCAACUAUGGACCUAUUGGUAGUGGGCCCCGAAGUGCUCCAUGCACUCCUCCAUUAGGUCCCAUAGGAGCUCCAUCUGUUUCAGGACCUUUGAGACAUGCCACUUCUCCUGUCAUCUCCAGUCCUCCUGCUCAGUCAAGAUCACCUCCUGAAUCCCAUCGGUUUACGGGUAAUGAGUUGGUGAGCAGUGUUGGUGGAGGUGGUCCCAUCUCCACUUUUGGACCAGUCUCUCAGGUGCUGAGUGCUUCCCAAGCAGCAGCAGAAGCCUUAUACCAAUCUCAGGCCAUGCAAGGACUGAACAUGAGUCUACCUAUGGCAAACCAACAUACAAGACUUCAUAAUUUUCCAGUAGCUUCAGGGGCUAGAUUUCCUGUUCCAUCACCUGGCACUCAUACAAAUACUACAUUUAGUCAGCACACACCCUUAUCUUCAGUAGGAUCUAUGGCUUCUGAAGGUACAUCUGAGUGCAACACUACUAGCAGUACUGGCUCCCAUGUUAUUCAGAGCAACUUAAACCCUAAUGCUCCCGACUUCUCUAGUCGUGCAUCUUUGCUUGUAGCUCAGCACACCUCUCAUGGUCCAACUGUCCCUUCACGUUUGUCUGCAUCCUACCAUGAAUGUCCUCCAACUUCUCAAAGUCAUGCUAAUAUAAUUCAGCUUCUAGCAACCAAUGGCGGAAACCUCAGUCAUCAGUUACCAUUUCACCAUGGAUUUAUUACUCAGAAUGUCAACCGCUAUACCUUUCCUGGCUCUCAUGGACACCAGAACCCAACAGAAUAUAAUCCUCAUCCUCCUCCUGGUCCAGUUGGAUCAAUACCACCCAGUAUGGCUGCCCCAGGGUUGAAUGCAGAAUCAUUAAGACUCGUUACAACAAUGGGAGGGUUCCCAGCUCCUCCACAUCCAGGUCAGACAAUUCCUCAUCAUAUGGGUGUUUUACCACAUCAGUUUGCCAAUAUGGCUCAACUUGUGGGACAUAGGCAGAACCACAGAUCUGCUAGCACUACACCUUCAGUUGGAACUUCUUCCAAAGAUGGUGGAUCACCUGUUGCUGUGUCUUCUCCAUCAGGUUCAUCUCAGGGCAGUAACCUUGGGUCUCCAACUGGUGUGGGAACUGAUCAUCAUGGAAUUGUAGAAGACAGAAAACUGCCAAGACCAAUUGGAACAGAAAGAGCUCAGAAGAAAAAUCCAGGAUAUGGUUUGUCAGAAGUUCAGGGUAUCUGGUCCUUUGGAACAAGUAAAAUAAACGAUAUAGGUUCGGCAGGGGACUGGAUACAUCACGUGCCUUCAGGUAUGGCAACAAUGCCAACACUCUCCCAAGAAGAACACCUUCCACACAUGUUACACAACUAUGUUGGUGGCAGAUAUGGUGAAAACCUCUCAGCUGCUUCAGAGCAGAACACUUCUCUUGAGCAGACGUAUCAGCCCAUGAAUGCAGUGGCACCACCAGGAGGCUAUCCGCCAUUUCUAAAUGGUAUGCCAGCACCCCAUGUCUUGACCACUCACCUAUACUCUUCUCAUGCCAAUGGAGGCCUCGCAACGGGAAUGGAAGUUGGAGGAGAAAUGUGGCGUGCCCCUUCCAAAAUGGUGUUACCCAACAUGGGAGACAACCUUUCCUGUGACCAUAAAAUGGUCAGUAUCAGGAAGAACAUUCUCAGCUAACAUAUAAAUAGAUUGGUUUGGGAAAAAAAGACAUGGCAUAACUGGAGUCAGCACCAAGCGUGACUGAUACUCUUUUCCUCGGUUAGCACCUUUGUUAUCCUGGGUCCUCCUCUAUUCCUGUAGAUUUUUUUUCCUCUGUACACAGUUGAAGAACUUGAAGACAUUAAUCAUUGUUUAGCCUGAUGAAGACAGAUUCUUUAGGGUCGUGUGGGAGUUAACUUGCUGCUGCUGUGAAACUUCUUUGCAACUGUUAUAAAAUUAUCUUUAAAAAUAUAAGAGUUGAAUGGCUUUAGGUUUGGUUAAAUAUAUUCUAUUGCUUGAAAUGUUGGUAAAUGCACCUUCAAGAUUGUAAUUUCAGGUUGGAUUGUACUUGAUGUACCAGUAAAAGUUUCCCACCAGCAUAAUUGUUGCUGCUGUCAGUGUGUGUUUUAGUUUUGAGCUCUAAUAUAAUCUUUCAUGUAUACAUGUAAAACUAUUUAUAUAUAUAUAAACAUAUAUAUAUAUCUGUAGUACACUUAGAACAGUUGUGACUUGAUCUAUUAUGACCAGGAUAUCGAUUGACAGUGCUCUUCAAACCACCAAAGUAUCAAUAAAUUCUUCCUUUUUGUAGCAAACACGUGUA